AAUAAUGAUGCCUUACGAAAUUCCAGUUAAAUGGCAGUGCAUCCUCGGUAGUUGAAAUCGCAGUUUUCCAGCGACAAAUAGUGAAAGCAAAGUGCUCAUGGUAUUAAAGCUCAACUACUUCUUUAGAUUAUUUUAAACAGGCACUCACGAGUGGCGUGUCUCACCUUGUUGGCUGUUUCGACGUAGGCGAAGCCAAGCACCAAGCCAUCUUCGUGGAUGUCGGCGACACGUUCUCGGUAGAGCAUCUCUUCGACUUCAUCAGGACUUCGUACCCUCAGCCACUGAGCAUAGUCGUCAGCUGUGCCGGCAUUCUCCACAUGGCACUUCUCGGCGACACCACAGAUGAGAUGUUCGACGAUGUCGUAAGGGUCAAUUUAAAGGGUACGUUCCUAAUCAACCGAGCGGCCGCACGAGAGAUGCUACGCCAGGAGAAGGCAAUGCCCCAUGGAGGCGCCGCAAUCCUGAACGUUGCCAGUAUCGCGGCCAAAGCUGGCAGAUCACGUUGCAGCGCUUACGCCGCUUCCAAAGCCGGAGUCGUGGCUCUGACGAAGUCGGCGGCUCAGGAACUGGCGAGCCAUGGCAUCCGCUGCAACGCAGUUCUUCCCGGUUGGACGGACACGCCCAUGACGGCUGCCCUAAGUCAAAAGCACGCAAACACUCCCGUAUCCCCAGGGCCCCGCCGAAGACCAGCCCAGCCGCGGGAGAUUGCCGAGGCUAUCACAUUUCUGUGCUCGCCAACUGCUAGCUCAUGCUUAACUGGCACAGCGCUUGAAGUCACCGGAGGAUUCGAUGCUUAGGUACAGACG